UGGAGUGACUGGGGCACUUGCUCUCUAACAUGCGGUAACGGUACACAAGUUCGCACACGCACAUGCGAUGGACCGCAUUUCGGCGGUAAAGAGUGCGACCCACCAGGCAGCGAAUCUCAAGCGUGUAAUACACACCCUUGUCCAGGUACAAGACAUCGUUUUAUUUCUUUUCCUUCUUAUAUAUUUACUUAUAUAUUAUUUCCCCUUAUUUGCACUCGGAAUGGUAAUACAUAUAUAGUUUGUCUUUGGUAUAUCAUCUAA